UCUAUUCUUCACUUUCGUCCUCAUCCGUUUCUCUCUCUCGCACUCUGGAUUGAGAUAGAGACACUCGGAAUACUAGCACUCGAAUUCGGAUCCACUGAGUUUGCACAGACCGGAGAUAUUUUCUUCGGGACUCGCGAUUGGAUCUUAUUCGUCUUCUGGUUCGUGUUUUCAAGGGCUAGUCCGGCCUGACCUGGAGUUCGCAUUUGGAGAUCCGGUUGAUUCUCCUGUCUUGGCCCGGAUCUCGAGCCAAGCACAGAAGAGUUGGAUUCGGAUUUCAGAUUCAAUCGCCUCUUCGAGUAUACAAGAAAAAGAGUCUAUAUUAUAUUGAAUUGUUGGUUGUAAAUGGCUUCGGGGGAGGGAUUUCUGACGGAUGAGCAGAGGGAAGUACUUAAGACAGCUACCCUGAACGUGGAGAGUCUCUCAUCGUCCCCAAAAUCCCCGCCAUCUUUGCUCUCUGAGCAUCUAUUAAAAGUUUCUGCUGCUGGAAAGGCUCCGACUGCCGGGAUUGCUGUGAGGCAUAUUCGCCGGUCUCACUCUGGAAAAUUUGGAAGAGUGAAGAAGGAUGGUGCUGGUGGCAAGGGGACAUGGGGGAAACUGCUCGACACUGAUGGUGAAUCGCAGAUUGACCGCAAUGAUCCUAACUAUGAUAGUGGAGAGGAACCCUAUCAGCUUGUCGGGGCAACAAUCUCAGACCCCUUGGACGAUUACAAGAAAGCUGUUGUCUCCCUCAUAGAGGAGUAUUUCAGCACUGGUGAUGUGGAAGUGGCAUCAUCUGACCUUAGAGAACUUGGGUCAACUGACUAUCAUCCCUAUUUCAUCAAGCGGCUUGUUUCCAGGGCCAUGGACAGGCAUGACCGGGAGAAGGAAAUGGCGUCAGUUCUGCUUUCAGCUCUGUAUGCUGAUGUGAUAAGCCCAGCCCACAUUAGGGAUGGUUUUGUCAUGCUUCUCGAGUCUGCUGAUGAUCUUGCUGUUGACAUAUUGGAUGCAGUUGACAUUCUUGCUUUGUUCCUUGCUCGUGCUGUGGUGGAUGACAUCCUUCCUCCAGCCUUCCUCACCAGAGCAAAGAAGACACUUCCAGAAUCCUCCAAGGGAUUUCAAGUUAUUCAAACUUCUGAGAAGAGCUAUCUCUCAGCUCCUCACCAUGCAGAGCUGGUAGAGAGGAAGUGGGGUGGUAGCACUCACAUAACAGUGGAGGAAGUCAAGAAAAAGAUUGCUGAUCUAUUGAGGGAAUACAUUGACUGUGGAGAUACAUUUGAGGCAUGUAGGUUGAUAAGGGAAUUAGGAGUUUCAUUCUUCCAUCAUGAGGUUGUAAAGAGGGCUUUGAUCCUUGCUAUGGAGAUUCGAACAGCAGAGCCACUAAUAAUGAAGCUGUUGAAAGAAGCUGCUGAGGAGGGUCUAAUUAGUUCCAGUCAAAUGGCUAAAGGUUUUGCCCGGUUAGCGGAGAGCCUGGAUGAUCUUGCCCUUGAUAUCCCAUCUGCAAAAACCUUAUUCCAGUCACUUGUCCCUAAGGCUAUCUCUGAAGGGUGGCUUGAUACUUCUUUCACAAAUUCCGGUGAAGAUGGAAAGGUAUGCAUAGAAGAUGAGAAGCUGAGGCGGUACAAGGAGGAGGCAGUAACUAUAAUCCAUGAGUAUUUUCUCUCAUAUGAUAUUCCUGAACUCAUCAGGGGCCUUGAAGAUCUUGGGGCACCUUCAUAUAACUCUAUUUUUCUGAAGAAGCUGAUUACCCUUGCCAUGGACAGGAAGAACAGAGAGAAAGAAAUGGCAUCUGUUCUGCUUUCUGCUCUUCACAUUGAAAUUUUUUCAACUGAAGACAUGGUUAAUGGCUUUGUCAUGCUUUUGGAAUCUGCGGAAGAUACCGCACUGGAUAUUCUGGAUGCUUCGAAUGAGCUUGCUCUAUUUUUGGCCAGGGCUGUGAUUGAUGAUGUCUUGGCGCCACUGAAUCUAGAAGAGAUUGGCAGCAAGUUGCCACCAAAUUGCAGCGGCAGUGAGACGGUGCAUAUGGCUCAGUCACUCAUUGCUGCCCGUCAUGCUGGCGAGAGGAUCCUGAGGUGUUGGGGAGGUGGGACCGGCUGGGCUGUAGAGGAUGCAAAGGACAAGAUACAGAAGCUACUGGAGGAGUAUGAAAGUGGAGGGGUCGUGAGUGAAGCUUGCCAGUGUAUCCGUGAUAUUGGAAUGCCUUUCUUCAAUCAUGAGGUGGUGAAAAAGGCCUUAGUCAUGGCAAUGGAAAAGAAGAAUGACAGGAUGCUGGAUCUGCUGCAGGAGUGUUUUAGUGAAGGACUGAUCACUAUCAAUCAGAUGACCAAAGGGUUCACUCGGAUCAAGGAUGGCCUUGAUGACCUGGCUCUCGAUAUUCCAAAUGCGAAGGACAAGUACGAUUUUUACGUGGAAUACGCCCAGAACAAGGGGUGGCUCCUACCAUCCUUCGAGUCAUCUGUGGCAGAAGCUUCUGCAGCCCCGGCUUCAGCUACUUGAUAAGCACAUAUAUUUCGUCUGUUGCUUUCAUGUAUGUUGUUGCCCAUUACAUGUAUUGUCAAAUGGCCUUUAUGAGCUCCGAAACGAAGGUAGAUGAGAUGGGAUGCUUGAAUUCCUUCUGAUGUUUUCUUUUUUAUUUAGUGGUCGUCUGAUGGAGAUUCUUAUAGUCCCAGCCAAUGUAUAAAGUUGGUUCUUUGUUCUAUUUACAUAGCUUUAGGAUGCUUGUUGCGUCAAGAAGUAUGUUAGAUAGAGAGACCGUUAUGAUGCUGUUUACAUGCCAUAUUUACAGUUAAGGCUGCUCUUUCUGCUUCCAAAA